UUUUGGGAUCGCGAUAUAAAGUGGGGAUUUAGGGUUCCACGCGGCAUUCCGAACUCCGCCGUCUCACGCCGCGCUCAGAGAGGCCGACGGGAGUCUUCACCGCUGCCUCAAACUUGUCUGUAGAAAUGGCUACUGUCCCUGGCCCGCUCAUCUGGGAGAUCGUGAAGAAAAACAAUGCAUUCCUUGUGAAGCAAUUCGGCAAUAGCACUGCCAUGGUGCAGUUCAGCAAGGAGCCUAACAAUCUCUAUAAUGUCAAUUCCUACAAGCACUCUGGAUUGGCAAACAAGAAGUCGAUGACCAUUCAGCCCAGUGGGAAGGACCUCUCAGUUGUUCUUGCAACAGCCAAGACAAAGAAGCAGAACAAACCUGGUAGCUUAUAUCACAGAUCAGUCAUGAAGAAGGAGUUCCGUAAGAUGGCAAAAGUUGUUAUGAAUCAGGUGACUGAUAACUACUACAGGCCAGAUCUGACUAAAGCAGCUCUUGCACGGCUGAGUGUGGUGCAUCGUAGCCUUAAGGUUGCCAAAUCUGGUGCCAAGAAGAGGAACAGGCAGGCAGUUAAAGCAAGAAACUAGCUGUCCUUCAAUUAUUUUGGUUUGGUUCACGGAGUUUUUAACUGAAGAGCUUGUCAACCUGGAUCUCACAACUUCUUUUUGUUAUUGUUAAUUUCACCAGAAGAAUUUACACACUCUAGUUUUAAUUAGAUUGUGUGAUGCUAUUGCUGCUAGUAAGAAUUUCCAAUUCAAUGUGCUACUACUGCUCAUUCUUCUGAAACGAGGAGGAAUGUUUCAUCAAAGAGGCUAAAUCUCUGUUGUAGUGCUGA